CCCCAACAAAAGCAUCUCCUGAGUACUACGAAGAUUAGGGGGUAGGGGAGGGCCGAUUAAAAAUAAAACAAAACACUGGGCUGGCGGCGAAGCAGCCGCGGGACAAAGCUCCACCCCGUGGCAACGCACAAUGCAGGCGCUGCUGCUGCCGCCGCGGUCUGCGGUUCGCUCCGCCGGGCUGCUGGUGGCCUCCUCUUCGCCGGCUCCAUCGCCCCAUCCUAAAACCCUCAUCACCACCCCCACUCCCCCCGCCAUCGCGCGUUUCUUCCAACGCCCCAAUCUCCUUUUCUCUUGUUCCAGAGCCGCCCUCUCCGCAUCUUUUCAUCCCCGCUCUUUCGCCUCGACCGCAUCGCCAAGCCGCGAGCCUCGGAGCGGGACCGCGGCGCGCGCGACCGCUUCGUCCCCUUCUGCUGCUGAUGACGGAUCCGAGAGGGCAAAGCUCGCGCAGGUCUCCAAGAGGUUGGAGAACACCUCUAGAUAUUUCAAGAGGUUGGGAAGUGCAGGAUUUUGGGGGCAACUAGUGUGCACUGUUGUGGCAGCUGUAAUUUUAUCAUUCUCUGCAGUUGUUACCGGGAAGAUCACGUCACCAGUUACAUUUUAUGCAACUGCUGGUGGUAUUGCAGCAGCAUUUGUGUCAGUCUUUUGGUCAUUUGGUUACAUUCGCCUAUCAGAAAGACUUCGAAGAACAGCUAAUGAGCCUGCAAAGGCUCCUCCACGUGCUGAUGUGGUAAAAAGCUUAAAAAAUGGUAUAGUGCUAAAUAUUUUAGGAAUGGGUGCUGCAAUUCUCGGAAUGCAAGCAACAGUUGGAUUAUUGGUCGCGAAGGCCCUUACUUCAUCGGCAAUUCCGUACUACCAAGGGAUAUCCCCUGGUCAGAGUCCUGUUUUGGCAUUAGACGUAUUCCUAGUGCAGGCCUCAGCCAACACUAUCCUUUCGCAUUUCUUGGGGCUUGCAUUCUCAUUAGAACUGCUGCGAUCGGUCACGUUACCAUAUGUGGAAGCUAUUCCUGUCCCAAAGCCUGCAUAGCCUGAUCCUGAAUUUAAUAAAAUCUGUUUUGCCAUUCUGUAGCUGCCCUUGUUUCCUUUUCCUUUUCAGUCAAGCUACUUUUGGUUGACUCUUAUAAAUCGAGGGAAACAUUCUAGGGUCCAUGGUACCUAUACUCAAUAUUUGCUAUUGAGCAAGGUGGGUUAGAUCCAGAAGAGUAUGCUGUGCAAACUAAGCUAGAAGCCAAUGUAUCUGUAGCUUGAUUUCCUUCACAAUUUGAGGACAACCAAAAAAAUGACUGAGACAAGGUGUGGAAGUGCUUCUAGGAGAAUCUUAUAUUAGUCUACUCUUUUUGAUUGUUUCUUUCAUGUAUGUUCUGUUUCAUGGAGAUGGAAAAAUUAUGCAUUGUUGUAAUACUAUUUGAUGGUUCUGCUGGAAUGUUUUCAA